UUUAUUCAAAGCAUUCGGCUGUGUACUUCCGUUUAGGCUAGACGAAUUUUUGUACAACUGGUGGUUUUAAAUAAAUUUGCAAUUUUCUAAAUUAAAAUUUGUUUUAAAUGGGGAAAGUUUUGUGUUUGGGUUAUCAAGUAUCAAGGUUGCUUUUGGGAUGGUUAGGUGCAACACUUUCCAUCAUCGGAAUUAUAUUGCUUUAUUAUUGCCUGGAAAAUCCGGAUAUUUUGGCGAGGUGGUUGAUGUCUUUAGCGGACGACCAAGCCAAGAUCGACUACAAGGAAUUACGCAGGGAUGUGGUUUGGUCAUGCGUGCUGUAUAUUGUCUUAAGUUUUGUAAACUUGAUGACAUCCCUUGGUUUAAUAUUUGGCAUCAAUAAGUAUUGUGUACCGUCCUUGAAAUAUCCAUUCAUACAUUUAAUAAAAAAACAGGAAAAAGUUGUGAAAUACAAGAUCGCCACAACUUUGCCGGCCGGAAGUGACCAUCCAUCAAAGACAUUUAAUGUGUAAAAUGGCGCCUCCUUCACACAUGAAAAAUACAUACAUAUGCACACAAACACAUGUGCAUAGGUAUGACGAGGAUUUCACUCCGGAGCACAAGUCUACAAACUAAACUAAAUUAAAUCAAUUAAACUUAAACUUAAAUAUACAAAUAUUCACUCAUAUACAUAUGUACAUACAUAGGAAAAUAUACUAACACAAUCAUGUUCAUAUCAAUCAUACAUGCAUACAUACAAACGAACAAAUACAAAUGUAAUAUUUACAUGUACUUUUCAUACAAAAAACAA